UGGAGUUGAGUAAGGUACAGCUGGUGCUAUCUGAACCUCACACACAGUCUCCCAAAUCCAAAGCGCUACGCACAGCUACAAUGAGGCGGAGGAAACGGCCCCUGACGCACAUGAGGCAGCAGCACCUGGAUGAGGCGCUCAGCCCCGUCACCACACCUGAGGAUGAGAAGAGUGUCAUCCAUCGCAUCAAACACGUGGCAGGAUCCACACAGACCAGACACAUCCCAGACCAUGGAUCUGAAGGCCUGGCUCUCUACAGUGUUUCCAAACUCCUGCUUAUAAUCAGCUCUGUGAUUUGUGUAAGGUAUUCGAUGCUUUCAUCUGUAUGAAUGUUGAAUGAUCUCUAUUCAUAUUGGCGAAACAGAUCUGGCAAACUAUCCAGUGCAUAUUUGUGUUUGCACUCUGGAGAGCGUCAAAAGGUUUCUGUUUACAUCGUGCUUUUUUGCAGCGUUUAGCAAUGUAGCCAAUCACAGACCUACCUGUUGAUUUCUUGAAUGCAAUUGCCAAUCAGAGUUAAGUUAGAAUCCACUCACCGCUCAAAACACCAGAGUUUUUGUACAUUUCUAAGUUUCGGACGCUCACGAAUCCUCUCAUUACAGUAUAACAAAACGUCAUGAGAUUGCGAUGAACUAAGACAAGGGACAGCUUUUUAGUGACAAUAAAAGGAGUGCUCAUUGUGUGCUUUCUAGGCUAUAUAUAAUCCAUUCAGAAUUUGUUUAAAACUUUAGUUUUUCGGCCACAUACACGCUGCAAAGUUUCGGGAAUGACAUUCACAUAUUUUAUGCAGGAUUCACACUCGAACGAGUAAUGGAUGGGACAAAAAUACUGUAUACGUGAACAUGUUCAUUGAGGCUAGAGCACACUCACUAAUUUUUGAAGCACUUUCAGUAUUUAACUCUGGAACCAGGCCUGGAUAAAUCUGUGUUUGAGAAGAUAUCAUUAUCCGUAGCUCAUAUUUAGGCGAACGCAUGGAGAUUUAUGUGGCAGUAGACUAUGCUUCAAAGUUGGAAAAAUUAAAAUUUGGUAAUUUACUGUUAAAGUAAACAUUAAUGCACAGGGGCUUCAUUGAAU